GGGACGGUGCUCUGCAGCGCGGGUUCUAUUUAUACUUUGCAUCACUGUCCGAGCGCGCCACCAGCUCCUCGGACUCGAUUAGCAGGGUGACAGAUGUUGCAGAAAACAGCUAUUUAUAACCUAACCAAGGACAGUACAGCGUGGGCCAGGCGCGAAAAAAGACAAAAUUUCUCUUCACAACUAGGGCGCCACUCAGAGAUCUGCUGAAUGUAAGCUUUUCUUUCUGCAUAUACGAAGGCGCAUAUUGGCUUGAAAAUCGCGCCUGGCAUGCUGCGGGAAGAAUUUGGGAGACCGCCAGAAUUCGUAGGGCCAAGCCAACGACGGUUACCGUGACCGCGAGGGCCGCGCGAACGCGAGUCCCUUGCGUCUUUAACGCGAACGAGAUCGCGCAGCUGCGUGGGGAGCGGCUCUUUCAAGUGUGUCGACGGCACACCUCGGAGCUCAGCAGGUGUUCCGGUCGGACGUAUCGGUCGCGCUGAAUAGGCGCUCUGCCCAUAUCACUUUUCCUCGGAUCGUACGUUGCGCCGCCUAAACUACCACUGGUGCCCGUUGGAAAAAGCUGCGAGCGACCUCGGCGCUCAAAGAUGUGCGGCUGAGGGCCAGUGGCGGCAGCUUCUGCAAAGUAAUAGUGCCUAGUUAGGAAGAACACAUCAUUUGGUGCCCUGGAGCUGAGCGCUGGCGUCAGGCGGCGAGCGCCUGCGGAUGCAGCCUUAUGCGGGCCAAGAGCUUCCUUCUUUUGCUGGCCUGCAUCGUGGUGACCAGCACCCUCAUCUGCCUCUAUGGGGACCCAAAACCCGCCCUGGACGGGCUCGUCUCAGAGACCCACCGGCAGCUCAGCAACCUCAAGAACCUCAAGGUUGUUCCUGAGCAGCGUGAUCCCCAGGAGCUUGAGCGGUACCUGUUGCACCUGGGGCUGUCUCCGGCCACGCCUUCCGAGGGGGGCCCUUCCUCAGCUGCCCUCAUGGCGAAUGAGAGUGGUCCGCUACCACCUGUUGUAGGCACCGCCAUGGGUGUCGACCAGCUGGGGCGGCUACCGGGCUUCCUCGAGGCCUGCCAGGCGCACUUCCCUGACCGCUCUGUGGUCGUCUAUGCUCUGGACUUUGGCACUGCUGAGCUGCUCACCGCACAAAGCAUGUGUAACUCUAGUAACUGCACCUUGCGCACACUCAACUUUGACUUCUACCCACCGCAUGUGAGCAACCUCAAAAUUUAUGCCUACCGGCCAAUCAUAAUUCAGGAGCUGGUUCGCGAGUCUGGUGGCGUGCUGUGGGUGGAGCCGGACUACCAGCUGACGAGUGCACCCGACCCACGCCGGGUGGUGGGCCGGGCACUGCGUGAGGGGCUGGCUGCGCCCUGGGCCUCCCAGCCACAACCCACCUCGGCCCUCACCCACUUGGGCAUGUUUGAGUUCCUUAGGGCGCCUCGCGAGCACUUCUUCUUCCAGCGCAUGGUUGAUCCCUCCGUUCUCCUUCUGUUCGACUCACCGCAGGUGCGGGGUCGGCUGAUGCUGCCGUGGGUGAGGUGCGCCCUGGUGGCAGACUGCAUCACUCCAGUGGGGGCCCAGAGUACGGGCUGUCGCUUUGACAAGAAACCUCUCUACCGGUACUCGGGUUGCCAUAGGUAUGAUGUAUCGGCUCUAAACAUUAUCCUGGGCCUGCUCUACGAGAACAACCGGCAGCCGUACGUCUUUCAAGACGAGGACCAUUUCUUUCGGAGGAUCGUAGACGGCAGCGACAUGCCGCUGUCGGGUCAGCCCGAGGUCAACAGCACGGCCAAUCGCUCGACCACCCGAUGAUGGUGGCACACUCGUCCUUCAAGCGCUGGACAAUUUUGCGCGCACCUUGCUGCUGCUGCUGCUGCUGCCUCUGCUGCCAUGACAAAUUGCGGCACAGUCGGCAGUCCUCCUCCGCUUCUGUGCGCAAGUGCUGUUACCCGCCUUUUAGCCAGCACUGAGUUUGUCUUCUCGAGUCGUUUCUUCCAUAUUGCUGAGGCUCCCGAAAAUGCUUGCAGGCUAGAACAUUCGGAUCUUAAAUUCUAGGGAUGCACAUGGCAAUCGAUGCGGGUUGAGGCUAGCAUUGAGAAAAGAUAGUAUGUGGAGUGCAGUGGUUGCACCAUCCUUGGCCCCCCACAUUGAUUGUCAUUGGUCGAGAGCGGUGAUCUAACGGUGUUUCGCCAGUGAAAUUUCAUUAUUCUCUUUUGGCUUCCAUUGCCUGACUGUGUAGGAGCUGCUUGGUCACGUUGAGGCCACCUUGCAGCAAUUGUCCUGCGUCCUGCUUCUCCAUUUGCUGCCUGUCAUACUUUGUUUUGACAGGAGAUGUGUGACUGCGUGCCUAAGAUGCACGCUCAUUCAGUGGUGAGUGUGCUCUCCAUCAGCCCAGAGGAAACGAGCACAGGCCAGAUGCCAGAUGGCUGCACUGGCCAUAUUAGAAACUGGACAUUUUGAAAAUUUCGUGUCAGUCUCCCCGACGUCCAGCCUUCGCUAGUAUCAUUUUCACACACCUUGGGAGAAGUACGUGCUUUAGCUGUUUUAAAAAAAAUUCAAAUUGAGUUCAAAAUCUGUAAUCCAGGUGCUGCUUUUGCAUGGAUUUCUUUUGUUCAGCGAGGAAAUUUUGCGAACUGCAGUGUUUUUGGCGCUGGGUGCUCCGUGAGCCGAUCUGGUGAUGGACACAUUUGCCGCUGCCCAAAUCCUUUAUUUUUGUUGCAUGUAGUGGAGUCUUUUUGUUUUAUUUAACAGCUUAAGAACAACAUGGCUAGCACGGACAAUAUGCUGUUUAGUGUUGUAAGCUGUCUCGCGACUCUGAUGGAGCGUACUGUGUGUUGUUUUUGUUUCUGUUGAAGUUUGAACAUGCAGUUGUUAUUGUUUUUAAAAAAAAAGUCUUCUUGGCUUUCUAUCUGUGUGCCAAUGCUAAAGUUGCAUGUGGUGACUGCCACCAUUACCUUUAGCACCACCAGAUUGCAUGAGAGCUGAAUGCACGCUUCCAUUACAAGUGCUAAUUGGUGCACGGUGGUAAUGCUUUAACCGGGGAAAUGAAGGCUAUCAGAAGCUCUGAGAACCAGGCGUGACUUAGCCGUUACAAAGAACAAAACGCUACUGAGCACUUCCAUUUAAACUACCAUUUCAAAUGUUUGCAGCUAACUAGGUUCUUGCCAAUUACAGCCAGAUUGGUUGUACCUGGACGAGUCUUUCAGCAAAGCAGCUUCAUCCAUUGUUUUGGUGAAUGUGACAUCGUCAACAUCGAGGCAGCCAACAACGAUAUUUAGCGUGAUUUGUUGCAAGUGUGAAGGGUAAUCAACGGUGUGGUGGUUUGGAAUAGACGACUUAAGUUGGUCGUCGUUACGCACCCUUCUGCUGUUGUAGGCACAGUGUGCAUGUUCUCAUUUUGCGAGGAACAAAUCGCCAACUCUGGCCAGCUUGCAGGGGCAUCCCGAGAGCCUCGUAUGUCGACAUGUGUGGUCUCCUUUUUUGGUGGCAACGUAGCAGUUUGACGAUCAAAACGGGGUCAACAAACAGUUAGAGCUUUGUUCGAUAAUCUAGUAGGGAUAAGAAAAACCCUGGCUACUGGCAUUGCAGAAGCAGCGGAACUUUUUAUGUACAUUAGUCAGCCGUAUCGUCACUCUAGUUUACCGACAUAUGUAGGUUGUUUGCACAUGCAGUUCUUGUGUUUUUGAGCCAUACGUUAGUUUUAGCAACCUGCCGGAAUGCAGUGCCAGGCUAGUCAGUGCAACCUUGAUUGCACAAAAUUACCCAUCUUGCCUCCCCUUUCAGUGUUCUCUGCUGUCCCCCAUUUUCUUUCACGUCGUGUUCUUUUCUUAGAUGUGUUCAUUUUGUAUUUCGUGCAGUUGUUUUGCCCCACUGUACAAGACCCGGAUCCGCAUUCUGGAACGAUUUCCCGAUAAGAUACCGCUUUCAGUUUGCGUGGCCAAAUUGGCCAAUAAAAAAGAAAAUCAGGGGGGGGGGGGGCAUAGUGCUUCCUUCUCGCGUUAUUCUUCCAUUUGCUCCAUUUCCAUCUGAUUUCACAUGAUGGCCAACAACAAGCGUGGCAAUGUCGGGGUAUCCGUCAGGUAAACACGCAGGAAUUGCUUUUGGGAGUUGCAUCAGUUGAAACCGAAAAUAUAGCCAAGAGGUGAUCGUUCCAGAAUACCACCCCUGCACUAUCACUUGCUGCUGCAUGCUUCAGUGCAUGUGCACACAUAUUUCAUGCUGUCUGUUGAACAAACGGAUCACAUUUAGUUUCAUUUACGCAGAUGAUUACAAGAGUAUAUAGGCUACGUUGUGUUCAUUCAAGGUCCCCCCCACCCAAUAAACUUUUUUUUUCAUUGUUCUUUAGGGGCUGUGUGCAUGUUAUAGCAAUACCCUAUCUAUAUAUUUGUGCUGCUUCCAAAGCGAGUUUGGUCAGUGGUUAUAAAGUGUAUUAUGAUGUAUUUCCUUUUUUUUGAUACUGCAGAAGCAUGCAGUGUUCCCACAUUGCAUUCCAAUUCAUUUGUUUGAAUUGGCCCUAGCUUGCAAGUGAAAGUAGCAACUGCUUGCCUCCUGAGGAGCGGACCUUCGGAGCCAGUAUUGGUUAUAUAUGUCUGGUUCCUCCGUGCUAGCACUUGGGAUACUCGACAAACAUUUACUGUUUGAAUGUCUGCCGUCAUUUGAGGCAUGGGAAUUUUCAUUUAACCUUUAGGGCUGUCGCUUCCAGUAUGCGUCACUUUACUAAAUCGGCAGAUGAGGCUGCAGCAAAAGAAGUUAGUGAGUCGGCAUACUCGUUAAUUCACAUUAUUUUCAUAUCCCCAUGUUGUUGUUGUUAAAGGGACACUAAAGGGACACCCUGUUAAGCCAUGUUAGUGAGUUAUGCUCCUACAAUCGAAAAAUGGCCAUUCUUAUUAUGAACAGAGGCUUGCUAAUCCAGUAAAGAUGCAAAAACGAAAAGUACCAGUGACGCCGCAGCCUUGAAGUUCUCGUACCUAUUGAUUUUGACAGCAUCUACGUGGCCGCGUUGAAAUUAUUUUUAUAAAGGACCACAUGGCACUUUAAAUGAGCCAAAGACUCUAGCAAUUUUCAAGAACUUUCUAGCGCCUAAAAGGUGCAACCAAGAGAAAAUACUUUGAAAUCUGAGAUGUUGCACUGACUUACUGUGGCUGAAAUUUCGGUGCAAACUUCAUAAAGGGCACGCUGGACUUAAAUUUGCUCCCAUAAUAAUGAGCAAAUUUACACAAAGGUUUACCAGACAGUACUAAUUUAGUAUUGCUCUUUGAAGGGACACGUCGGAGAUUUUUUUUUAAUCAUGUCCAUGGAGUUAUUUCUCAAGACCUUGCCGUGCCUCCUGUCAUGUGUAAGAUAGUUCAAUCAGUAUUCAGAUCCAGAACUAAUUUCAGUUGAGCAGAAAAAAAAGAGGAAAGCGCCAAAUUGUCACAGGGCCGUGUAGCUGAGACUGCUGCUAACAAAGGAUGUUAGUGGAGACAUUAAAUCAGAUGCACACUGAGGCUCUUCCACACAAAGGCUCUUCCACCAAAGAAAGCUUUCUUUUUAUGCUAGCGACUUCCCUUCAUUUAACCUCGAUGGUACGUUGAAAAUAGGCUCAGAUUAUCUUGUGCUCAAAUAUAGGUACAUGCAAAAGGUGAUGGGUACCUCUAGGGAGUUUUCAAACAAUGUCGCAGGCAGGCCAAGUUACCUGGUUUCAGAAUAUGAAACGUGACCAAUUUCACAAUACGACCCAACCUUAGGUCCGCUGGUCAGCUGAACAUGAUGUUGAUUUCAUCUCGCUGUCAGAGUUUGCAAGCAGUUGCCGCUUGAGGAACACAUGGGUUGUCUGUUCUGGAGGUUUGCCCCUGGAAGAUGGGAGGAUGAAUCUUGUCAACCACUGGAACAUCCAUCCUGGGGGGCAUACAUUCCACUUUAGUCAGCAAUGCAAGCUGUGUCUGUGAUCUUGGUUAUAUCAUUUUUAUCUUCCACAUUUUUCCAUGUGUCCUGUCUGCUGAAUUCUUUUGUUUGUUUUAAUGGUAGUUCAAAGCAAUAUAUAACGUUUUGCACACACAUAGUUAAUUACCAGCCAUAAUACAGAAAGCUGAGCGUGGAAGUUGCACCAUAUAGCCUGUGCGAGCAAUUGCAGCUGUCCUGCACUUGCCGUAUUCACUUAAUGAAUUAAGCAAGGGCAAGUCUGUUUUUAUGACACAAUGUUCAAAGUCCUGAAGUAAACGAUUUUCGUCGGGGCCUAAAAUGGCCUGCAAUUUGCAAAGAGUCUCGCGAAUAAUUCACACUUGCGUCACUAUACACAUUCAGUCCUUGCCUUUAUUGCAAAAUUUAGGCGCACGCAAGCGUCUCUGAAGCUAAAUAUUGGGAUAAUAACGUUGAUCUUGCAAAUAAGAACUUGUUCAGUAAGUAAACAAAAGGAUAUUGCCAGUAAACUGUCCAAGCUGUAUUGAAUUCAGUUUCUCAAGUGUAACGGCAAUUAUUUUUUACAGAAAGGCUGUUUCGAUUGCCUGAAAUGAAAUAACACUUGAGCUUGUAACACUGCAUUACAGCGCAUUUGAUGUAGCUCAUGCUUGCAAGGUGGACGGGUAGUGCGUGCAACUAAGGCAAAAAAAAAAAAAGUUGCACCGCUCCACUUUUGUUGACAAGCUCGCUUUGCCAGCACGCCACCGAACGAUAGUUUCUAGUGCAUCAAGGGCUAUGCAUGCGAGUUUUGUGUACUGUGAUGCUUGGCUGGCAUGCACAUUUGCCGCAACAAAGUGUCUUGAAAAGUUACUCUCACUGACGUGUAGUGAGAUGUUGGCUCGGCUUGAAUAAGUGGCUGUGGUACUCUGCAGUUCUUUGACUGCGCCGGAUGCAGUAUGCACAAGACAAUGACGAGCUAGGCUUUUAUACUCACACAAACGUCUUUUUGGAUAGGAUGUGCGCGGCAGAGUUUUUUCUUUAAUAAAGAUUUUUUUAACUCAACA